CAUAGACAUAGUUGCAAAUCGAAUCGCUGAAUAACGGAAAGGCGAGUUGUAUAUUUCGUAUUUCGUUACGACGGCACCACGUUAGAUGCGUCGCAUGUGGUGAGUGACAAGUGGUAAUCAUAAGCGACAAUGAACACGAGGCGGUUUAGCUAGCGUGAUUGGAUUACACCUGGCAACCAAGCUGGAAGCAGAAAACAUUCGGUCUGUCGAACAAGUACUUCAGUGACGAACUUGGAAAAGUUUCGAAGGGGCUGACGAUGAAAAUGUUUACGUUUUUGUUUUGUUUGUGACGGAACGACGCUACUUGAGUCGCUGGGAGCGAGGAUGGCUCUUUUGUCGUUUUUUUGGCGAACUCUCCGCCUGGACGCGGUCCUGACUUCUGCUCGUCAGUAUCCGCUCGGCUGCUGCCUCCUCGCCGCCAUGUUGGCCGCCACAGUCCUGCUCAAUGGGUACCUCCUUAUCCUGAUUGGCUUGUGGUCCUUCCUGGCGGGCGUGGUCACAUUCUAUUGGGCUCUGGAACCCGACUCGGUGGUCCCAAACGUCUUGUUCAGUACUAAAGAGCCACGCAAAUGUCAGGAACAGGAGUUGUUCCCUUCGGGUCGCAGCUGUGCCGUGUGCGGGAAGGUGAAAUGCAAGCGGCAUCGUGGGACGUUGCUACUGGAGAACUUCCAGCCGUGGUUAGGUCUCGACGUUCCCGCCAAGGUGGACGCUUCCGUAGCAGAGGUGUUCGAGUUGGUUCUCGAGAACUUUGUGUAUCCGUGGUACCGGGACAUCACGGACGACGAGGCGUGUGUGGACCAACUCCGUUUGAGCUUUCGCUUCUUGAUGUCCGUGUUGGUCCGCAGAGCUCAGAAGGUGGACCUUCCCGCCGUGUUCGCUGACCACGUGAUGAAAGCGGCCGUCAAGCACGUGGAGAUUCUCGCUAAGGCUCGCGCUCGAGUCCAUCCAGGUCAGACGCUGCAGCAGGCGGCUCUGGACGAGUACGGCGCUGACCUACACGUGGCCGCACGCAGCCGCCAGCAGGAGGCGCUCUACCUCAGGAAGCUCAGCGAGAUGCUUUUCCCCUACUUGAUGCCUCCCAAAGCAAAUGAGUGCAGGUCGCUGGCGCUGCUGCUGCGGGAGGUGAUCUCGGGUUCCGUCCUGCUGCCCGCCAUGGACUUCGCGGCCGACCCGGACACGGUCAACUUGAUGGUGCUCAAGUUUGUUGACGACACUCCGCCGGAACCCGCCCCUGAAGCGCCGUCUGCUCGUGUACCCUUCCUGCACAAAUACGCGGACCGCAGCGGCAACAAGCCCUCACAGGUUCUCAAGUUGGAGCUGAAGGAGAUCCGAGAGCAGCAGGACCUUCUGUUCCGCUUCAUGAACUUCCUGAAGCAAGAGUCCGCCGUGCAUGUGCUUCAGUUCUGCCUUGCCGUGGAGGAGCUCAACGACAAGAUCUUGAGUCCGGAGCUGUGCGACUCGGAGCUGCGGCGUCUGCACGGCGAGGUGGUGCACAUCUACCAGACGUACUGCGUGGAUGAGAGCGUCGACAAGAUCGACUUGGAGCGCGACACGGUGGACGACAUCAGGAACGUGGCCGUCGCUCCGUACGGUGCCGUGGUCAAGCUGCAGACCAUGCGCUGCCUCUUUGAGGCCUACGAUCAUGUCCUGUCUCUCUUGGAGAACGUCUUCACGCCCAUGUUCUGCCACAGCGACGAGUACUUCAGACACCUGCUGAAAGGAGCGGAGUCGCCAGCAAGGAGCUCACGAGUCAGCAGGAACCCGUCCAAGCGCGGCGAGUCUUUUGGCAUCGGCAGGAUUGGCAGUAAAAUCAAAGGAGUGUUCAAGAGCACCACGAUGGAGGGCGCCAUCUUGCCACCCGGCGCCAUGACGGACGCUGACGACGAUGUGGUGGAAGAGGCCACGGCGGUGACGGAGGACGACGCGCCCGCCUCGGCAGCGGGCGGCCUAAGGAGGCUGUCGGCCUGGGCCGUCGCCGUCCCGUACGUGGACUUGUGCGAGGACGACGCCAAGAGGGACAAGAUUCCCGUCUUCUGCAUCGACGUGGAGCGCAACGACAGGAAGGAAGUCGGACACGAUCCCGAGCGCUGGUCCGUCUACAGAAGAUACUUGGAGUUCUACGUGCUGGAGUCCAAGCUCACAGAGUUUCACGGUGCAUUCGCUGAUGCUCAGCUGCCCCCCAAACGCAUCCUGGGACCCAAGAACCACGAAUUCCUCAGCUCCAAGAGGGAAAGCUUUGAAGACUACUUACAGAAACUCCUUCGCUAUCCGGAGCUCAGCAACAGUCAGCUGCUGGCCGACUUCCUGUCUCCUCACAGCGUGGAGUCUCAGUUUGUGGACAGGAUCCUUCCCGACGUCAACUUGGGCAAAAUGUUCAAGUCUGUUCCAGGGAAAUUGAUGAAGGAGAAAGGUCAGAACCUGGAGCCGUUCAUCCAGUCCUUCUUCAACUCGUGCGAGUCUCCCAAAGCCAAAGCCGGCCGGCCCGAGCCGACCGUCGUCAGCCCGGGCGCCGCCGCCGGCAAGCGGCUCCUCGACCAGAUGUUCGGGAACGACGACGACGCCGUCGGCGAGAGGCCGGACGACCGCGACGGCAUGACGGAGGUCGGCGUGGACGGCGCGUACGACUACAUGAUGCACGUCGGUCGGCUGGUGUUCGGGACGCCGCGCUGGCUGCAUCACCUCCUGUCGGCCGGCAGGAUCCUGGCGAAGAACACGUUCGAGGCCUACGUGGAGCGGCGCGUGCGAGCCAAGAUGGACGGCAUCCUGCAGGAGCACCGCCUCGUCUCGCUCAUCACGCAACUACGAGACGCCAUCUUCUACGAAAGUGUGGAGGAGCGCAGCGGCCAGGCCAAGCGGGCACGAGCCAAGCGGACGUUUGAGGAGAUGAUCGCAUAUCUGCCCGACGCGGUCGGCGUGUGCGUCGGCGAGGAGGCCAAGCGCGAGGGGGUCCGGCUUCUCUUUGAGGGUCUUCAGCAGCCGCUCCUCAACAAGCAGGUCAGAAACGAGUCCCAACGGAUUAGUCAAGUAUUUGGAAAAGCGCUCGAUUGGUGUUUGUGUUCAGAUGUCGUACGUGCUGCUGGACAUCGCCGUGCUCGAGCUCUUUCCCGAACUGCGGCAGUAACAACCGCGGCGUCGGCGACGUAUCCAAAAAGUGUCGCGUCCUCUGUGCUAAAGGACUUGUUGGUAACCAUGGUAACACUGCUGUCAGUGUCCGCUUUGAUCAAGUUGAACAUUUGAUGAGAAAAAGUCUUUUUGUAGCUGGACCAAAUUGACGUCAAUCAUUGUAGCUAGCAAAUAUAUUUUUAUUUUAUA